AUGCUUUUUUCCAAAAUUAAUAAAAUUAUAGUUCUAGGAAUAUUGAUUUUAAUUGUUCCUACUUAUGGCAAUCAAAGCACACAUUUGAAAACUAGAGAUUCUCAAGAAAGCGCAGUAAAUACGCCGCUUAAGGAUUUUGUUGUUGAGGAUGAAGAUAUCAUUGCUUAUAUUUUGAAAGAAGAUUAUAAAAAUGAAAAUAAAUGCAAGCUAAAGCUUAAGGAAUAUUGUGAAGAAUUGAAGGAAGUAGAUCAGGGAUUAAAUAAAGUUCAUACUAAAGUUAAAGAAAUUUGUCUUGGUAUAGAACAAAAAUGCAAAGAUUUGGAAGGAAAGAUGGAAGAAAAAGUAGAGGAUAUUGCUGAUUUAAUCUCUGAUUUUGAGAAAAAAAACGCCUUUUAUGAAGAAUGCGAUCAAUAUUUUCAAACAUGUAUGUUUUUUGAAUCUACAAAAGAUAAUUCUGUUUUACAAUCCUGCAGUCUCCUUAGAUAUUUCUGUUAUUUAUACAAGGAUAGACACAUGGGAUAUGAAGUCAUUCUUAGAGCUUUUGGUACUAGUAUUAUUGAAUCUAAAGAUUUUGAGGAAAAAAAGCUGGAAAUUUGUCCAACAUUGAUUAAACACGGUGAUAAUCUAGCCUUAAUAUGCCUUGAGGAUAUUUCAUUUGAAAAAAUCGAUAAAAGUAUUAAUUAUUUUUGCAAAUUUUUAAGUUAUCUCGUUGAUAAUGGCAGAAAAGAAGGAAUAUGUCAUGAAAAACUCGGAAUAUAUCCUCUUCUCAAAGAGAGAUGUAAAGAGAAAAACAGCAAAUUGAAGGGACUAUGCGAGGAAAAGAAUAUUACAUAUAGGCCUUCAGUUAAAGAUUUUAAUCCAAUUGAGUCGGAAAUGACAUUGUUAGAGGAGAUUGAUCUGGAAAAUCUUUAUAAAGAAGGAAGAAAUAGAGGACUAAUUCUUGGAGCUUUAGAAAGAACGUUGGAUGACAUGUUAAUCCGUUUGUCUUCGAAUAUUAAUGGUAAUGAUAUGGAAAACAAUUGCAAGAGCGUACUAGAUACUAACUGUACUUAUCUUAGAACUAUAAGUUCUAAAUUUAAAAAAUUAUGUGAAAAAAAAAACAGAGAACAAAAAUGUAAAGAUAUAUCAGAUAUAACCGAUAGGUGUAGAAAGUUUAGAAUGAGACUUUAUCUAGAUGGAACUUCUACAGAAUUUAAAGAUGGAGGCAAAUCGAGAAUUUUGUCUUAUGAUGAGCUUUCAACAUCAUUUACUGAGAAUGAAUGUUUAGAGGUUAUUUCAAAACUUACUUAUAUUAGAAAAUUAUGCAAAGAUGAUAUGAAUAUCGAAUACAUAAAUCUAAUGCUGGCAUGUCAUAAAAAUAAACAAGAUCUACUAUUCAUUAAAUUAAUUGGAAGUCAGUUGUACAAACUUAAUAUAUCAGAAUCGAAUGAUGAAGGGCUUAAGGAAUGCCAAAGAAUAGUAAUGGAAAAGUGCUCUAAACUUAAAAAUAAUAAUACAGAGAUUUUCUUGAGAUGCCUUCGGCCGAAGGAGAUAUGUCUUAGAGUUGAAAAAAUUAUUUUGGCUCAAUUGAAAGAUCUAGAACAAGUUUUGAAUACAGUACGGGAUUCUCCUAAUGAAAAGGACUGCAUUAAAUUGAAAGAGGAUUGUGAUGGUAUUUUGAAAGAUUUAGGUUUAAAUAAUGGGAAAUGCGUUACAUUGAAAGAGCGAUGUGAAUAUUUUAAAGUUACAAAAGAACUGAAAUAUGUGUUUUUCAAAGAAAAAAGUGAUGCAUUAGCGGAUAAUCAA